CAAGCAUAUAUAACACAGAUUUUUAUGAAGAAUUGUAGUAUUUCCCUGUCAGUCCCAGCCUUGAACACUUCGUACGUUUGGGAUACAAGUUCCCAAAAAUGGAUUUAACGAUACUAUUGUUGUGUGUUGUGACUUUUGUAAUAGUUGGUUACUUUUAUGCUAAAAAGCAGUACAGUUAUUGGGCAGAUCGUGGAAUUCCCUAUGUUAAACCGAAAUUUUUGAUAGGAAAUCUUGGGGGUGUGGGCUCAUCUAAGCAUAUCAGUGAAAAAUUGCAAGACAUUUACAGAGAACUCAAGGGAAAAGAAGUGUUUGGAGGAUUAUUUUUCCUAACAGAUCCAACUUCAAUUGCACUGGACUUAGAUUUUCUCAGAAAUAUUUUGGUGAAAGACUUCCAGUACUUCCAUGACAGAGGAGUCUAUAUUAACGAACGGGAUGAUCCCCUAUCUGGACACCUCUUUUCACUCUACGGUCAAAAGUGGAAGAUCAUGAGGGCAAAAUUGAGCCCAACAUUCACAUCUGGAAAAAUGAAAAUGAUGCAUAGUACAAUCAUUGCAGUGGCAAAGGAAUUUGAAAAAGUACUGGAACCCUUUGCAGCAAAACAAGAACAAAUUGAAAUGAAAGAAUUCCUUGCACGUUUCACAACUGAUGUUAUUGGAAGUUGUGCCUUUGGAAUCGAAUGUAACAGUUUGAAGGAACCUGAUACAGAAUUUCGUCGAGUUGGGAAGAAAGUAUUUGAAUUUACUGGUCUUGGCCUCGCUAAGCAAUUUUUCCUUCAGAUCUUUCCUAAAAUAGCAAAAGCACUUCGAAUGGAAAUAACAGACAGAGAUGUAACACAUUUCUUCAUGAAACUUCUAAGAGAUACAAUUGACUACAGAGAAAAGAAUAAUGUGAAGAGAAAUGAUUUCCUAUCCCUUAUGAUUCAACUUAAAAAUACCGGAAAGCUGGAAGGAGACAAUGUGGAUCUGGGAAAAAUAACCUUUGAAGAACUAGCUGCUCAAACCUUUGUGUUUUUCGUAGCUGGAUUUGAAACGUCUUCAUCCACAAUGGCAUUUUCUCUUUACGAACUGGCACUUAAUCAGGAUAUUCAAGAUCAUGUGAGGGAGGAGAUCAAUUCUGUGUUGGAGAGGCAUGGGGGUGAAUUCACUUAUGAUGCUUGCAUGGAACUCAAAUAUCUUGAAAGGGUUAUCCAAGAAACAUUGCGAAAAUACCCGAUCGUUGAUAACCUCUUCAGAGUGGCAACUAAUGAUUACCAAGUCCCUGGAACCAAUCACGUCUUGAAGAAAGGAAUGUCAGUUAUCGUACCUGUCUACGCUAUUCAGCGAGACCCAGAAAUCUAUCCAAAUCCUGAGAUAUUUGAUCCAGAUCGUUUCACCGAAGAGAACAUCAAGAACCGACACCCCUAUGCUUGGCUUCCUUUCGGAGAGGGUCCUAGAGUUUGCGUUGGAAUGCGUUUCGGCUUGAUGCAAACAAGGGUUGGAUUGGCUACAAUCAUCAACAAGUACAGAAUCAACGUAACUCAAAAGACACCUAUCCCUAUGUCCUUUUCCCCCAAAUUUGCAUUUCUGUCCCCAGAGGGUGGAAUGUGGUUGAAAAUGGAAAAGAUUUAGAGUGACAUUCAUCUACAAGGAUUCCAACACAUUCUUAUGCCCCGUAUCUUAACUUCUUUAGAUUUUAGAUAGCACCAAACUUUAUCUAAAACUACUACAUUUGUCUUUUUGUUGUAUAUACAGAAAAUAUGCUUUAUCAUGAUUACUUGGAAUGUCUUUUUCUUACGGUUUCUUCAUCGGUCGCUAGCCAAAAUCGAAAUACAAAAAUGUAAAACUGCCAAA